CAAAUCUAUGCGCCCAUAGAAACAGAUAGCCCAUUAAAUACUAUACAAAAACUCUCUUUCUCUUCUCUAAAUAAAUAUUCUAACAACAGCCCAAACAACGCCUAGGGUUUUUAUAUACAAAAAAACCCUACUUCUCAGCUCAGUUUCACGCACAUCACACAGCAGCAGCAAUGGUAGGAUUCGAAAUCGGUGCCGUGCCUUUUAAUCCCGACGGCUGGGGUCCACCUGAUUCCGCUGCUGCCGGCCUCUCCGUCCCCAACCACCCAUCCAAUGUCCCCUUCGCUCCCUUCUCCCGCUCCGAGAAAUUGGGGCGAAUCGCUGAUUGGACCAGAAACAUGAAUAAUUCGGGCCGCCCCGGAUCCAAGCAGGGCGGCUACCACGCCGCCGAUUCCGCCUUCGAUUUCUCCGGCGAUGACUCCUUCGCCACCCUCGCCGCCGACGAGGACUCCUCCUUCCGCCUCGUCGACACAUCUGCCAAGUCGCACCACCACAACCCUAACCGCCCCAAAUUCAACCCUAGGUGGCGGUUCAACCCCCACCACGCCCGCUCGCAGCUCCCGCAGCGCCGCGACGAGGAGCAGGAAGCCAAGAAGCGAGAAGCCGAGAAGGAGCGCGCGCGCCGCGAUCGGCUGUACAACGCGAACCGCUCGCAGAUGCCACAGCGUCGUGAGUCGUCGGUGUUCAAGUCUUCGGUCGAUAUCCAGCCCGAAUGGAAUAUGCUGGAUCAAAUUCCGUUCUCGACCUUCUCGAAGCUGUCAUAUUCGGUGCCGGAGCCCGAAGAUUUGUUGAUUUGCGGCGGGCUAGAGUUCUACGAUAGGUCUUAUGAUCGGAUUACUCCGAAGAAUUGCCGGCCAUUGGAACGUUUCAAGAGCCGCAAUUUCUUCAAGGUCACAACCACUGAUGAUCCGGUUAUUAGGCGAUUGGCAAAUGAGGAUAAAGCGACGGUUUUUGCCACUGAUUCAAUUUUGUCGACACUAAUGUGCGCUCCUAGGUCGGUUUACUCGUGGGAUAUUGUGGUUCAGCGCGUUGGAAACAAGCUAUUCCUUGAUAAGAGGGAUGGAUCGCAGUUGGAUUUGCUUGCUGUGCACGAGACCUCGCAGGAGCCGUUGCCUGAUCUCAAGGAUGAUAUCAACUCUAUGCACUCUUUGAGCGUGGAAGCUGCUUACAUCAAUCAAAACUUUUCGCAGCAGGUUUUGAUAAGGGAUGGAAACAAGGUUGCUUUCGAGGAGCCCAACCCCUUUGCUAAUGAAGGGGAGGAAGUGGCUCCGGUUGCUUAUAGGUAUAGGAGGUGGAAGAUGGACGAUGAAAUGUACCUGGUGUCAAGAUGUGAGGUGCAGAGCGUGGUAGAUAUAAACAAUCAGAGGUCGUUCUUGACACUGAAUGCAUUGAAUGAGUUUGAUCCCAAGUACUCAGGUGUCGACUGGAGGCAGAAGCUGGAGACGCAGAGGGGUGCAGUGUUGGCAACUGAGUUGAAGAAUAACGCCAAUAAGUUGGCGAAAUGGACUACUCAGGCUUUGCUGGCUGGUGCUGAUAUGAUGAAGUUGGGGUACGUCUCUCGGGUUCACCCGAGGGAUCAUUUCAACCAUGUGAUAUUGGCGGUUGUGGGAUACAAGCCAAGGGAUUUUGCUACGCAGAUUAAUUUGAAUACUUCUAACAUGUGGGGGAUUGUUAAGAGUAUAGUGGACUUGUGUAUGAAGUUGAAGGAGGGCAAAUAUGUGCUUGUUAAGGAUCCAUCAAAGCCGCAGGUGCGGAUUUAUGAUGUGCCGCAGGAUGCUUUUGAUAACGACUACGUGGAGGAGCCAUUGCCGGAGGAUGAGCAGGUGCAGCCUCCAGUUGAGGAUGCAGAUGGUGUUGAUGCAAAUGCCACCAUUGAUGGUGCUGCCGAAGAUAAGGAGGUUUCUAAAGAUGCUGCUGCUGCUUAACGGCUCUCCGUUGUUGCAUCGGUGCACCAACAACAAAUGCUAUAUAUCACUCAGCCUUGCGCUUUACGGAAGAUGAGAAAAAGCACGCUGUGGAGCGAAAGACCGAACUCUGGGAUUUUUGUUCCUUCCCUUUGCUAGAGCUGUUAUUUGAUUACUCGAAACCUGUAGUAGAAGAAUGUUUCUCUAUUUCAAUGCAUGGGAUUUUAUAUGUGCGUCUGUUUUCAUUUUGUACAUGGUGCUUGGGCGUGUCCCAAUGUCACAGAAUGAUGCUUUCAUACACUAUUAUUUUCAUUACUUUGUUGCAA